AUGGAUGUUCAUAAUGCUUUCUUGCAUGGUGAUCUUAAUGAAGAGGUUUACUUGAAAUUACCUCCUGGUUUUGAGUGUUCAGAUCCAUCUUUGGUAUGUCGAUUACGCAAAUCUCUAUAUGGUUUAAAACACGCUCCACGUUGUUGGUUUGCAAAGUUAGUGUUUGCUUUGAAAGAGUAUGGCUUUCUUCAAUCAUAUUCUGAUUACUCUCUUUUUACUUGUACUAAAGGCAUUGUUCAAAGUAAUGUCUUAGUCUAUGUAGAUGAUCUUAUUAUUUCUGGGAAUGAUUCCGCUGCACUUACUCUUUUCAAAGCAUAUCUUAGUGAUUGUUUCAAAAUGAAAGAUCUUGGUGGUCUCAAAUACUUCUUAGGAAUCGAGGUUGCUCAUAGUUCAUCUGGUCUAUUCUUAUGCCAACGUAAGUACACACUAGAUAUUAUUUCUGAAACAGGUUUAUUGGGGGCCAAGCCUGUUGGGUUUCCUAUCGAACAAAAUCACAGGCUUGGUUUUGCUACUGGAGAAUAUAUGAAGGAUCCUGAGACAUAUCGUCGGCUAGUGGGGCGUUUGAUAUAUCUCGCCGUCACUCGCCCAGAUCUGGCCUAUUCGGUUCAUAUCUUAUCUCAGUUUAUGCAGGAACCUCGCCUUGCGCAUUGGGAAGCAGCUCUCCGAGUGGUUCGCUAUUUAAAGGGUACUCCUAGUCAGGGUAUUUUGUUGCGUGCGGAUAGUGAGUUAACCUUAGAAGGCUGGUGUGAUUCGGAUUGGGCUGCAUGUCCUCUCACUCGUCGCUCAUUGACAGGAUGGCUUAUUUUUCUCGGACAAUCUCCUAUUUCUUGGAAGACAAAGAAACAACAUACAGUGUCUCGCUCUUCAGCUGAAGCCGAAUAUCGAUCAAUGACUGCAAUCACAUGCGAACUGAAGUGGCUAAAAGUUAAUUUUGAAGAAACUUAUACUUGUUCAACUAUCGGCGAAGAUGGUGAGGCUGUGGAAAUCAUGGACAUUCUUGAUAUGGAUCUUGAUGAUGUUAGUGUUGAAGAUUUUUGA